CCGAGAGGCUGACACUCCAGUGACGCCAAAGGCGCAGCACUAACAACGAUGGCGGUUACAGUCCUGGCUGCACGGACGCGGCUCGGCGUGUGCGGCGUGAGGGCCAUGCAAAUCCGAGGCUUCGGCUCGGACCAGCCCGAGAACCUCGAGGGGACUGCGGGCGCGGUUCGGGAAGCCGGUGGAGCCUUCGGAAAGAGAGAGCAGGCUGAAGAGGAACGAUACUUCCGAAAGAAGACUAAAGAACAACUGGCAGCCUUGAAAAAACACCAUGAAGAGGAGAUCAGUCAUCAUAAGAAGGAGAUUGAGCGUCUGCAAAAAGAAAUUGAACGACAUAAGCAGAAGAUCACAGUACUAAAACAUGAUGAUUAAGUGCACACAGUUCCCCAUAGAAUGGCACAUAUUAUUGCCCGCUUCUGUGUAGACAUAGUUCUACUUUAUACUUGUGUGCUCCCAACAAAUUAUAAUAAAUUGUCAUCAGUCA